AUGCUUAUGGUCAUCAUCAGUAUAAGUAGUGCAAACACAGGUUAUGAUGGUUCAUUAUUAAAUGCUUUCCAAUCUAUCCCUGACUGGAUGAGAGCAAUGUCCAACCCAACAGGUGCCACUUUAGGUGCCUUAUCAAAUGGGGUUGUCUUUGGUGUUGCUUUAGGGUUCUUUGUAACUUCAUAUGUUUCUGAUCGUUUUGGUAGAAGAAAUACAAUCACCAUUGGUAAUGCCUUCAUGUUUGGUGGUUCAGUUGUUCAAUCAUGUGCAGGUACUUGGUUAACAGUCUCUGGAGAACGCGAUCAUGAUGAUGGUAUGAGAACAUAUGCUAUGUUUUUAAUUGCACGUAUCAUUAUUGGGUUUGGUAAUUCAAUGACUAUGGUUGCUUCACCAUCAUUAAUUUCAGAAUUAUCCUAUCCAACACACAGAGAAGUUGUCACUGCAUUUUAUAACUCCAAUUGGUAUUUAGGUGCCAUUGUUUCAUCCUGGUGUAGUUAUGGUACAAGAAAUUUGAGUUCAAAUUGGUCAUGGAGAGUUCCAACAAUCUUGCAAGGAUUUUUCCCAUUAAUUCAAUUCUUUUUGAUUUACUUAGUUCCUGAAUCACCAAGAUUUUUGGUUUCAAAAGGUAGAAAUGAUGAAGCAAGAGACAUUUUGUUGAAACAUCAUGGUGGUGGUGAUGAAUCAAAAGGUGGUGCAUUAGUUGAUUUUGAAUUGGCUGAAAUUGAAAUGGCUAUCGAAGAGGAAAAACUUGCUGAUAAAUCCUCUUACUUGGAUUUCUUCAAAACACCAGGUAACAGAAAACGUUUAUGGAUCUUGGUUUGGAUUGCUAUUUUAAUGCAAUUGUCUGGUAAUGGAUUGGUUUCUUACUAUUUGAAUAAAGUUUUGGUAUCAAUUGGUAUAAAUAAUACUGAUGAACAAUUAUUAUUCACUGGUGGUUUGAUGAUCUAUAACUAUGUCAUCUCUAUUUUUAUCAAUUUAUUUGCAUUCCAACAUACCAAAAGAAGACCAAUGUUUAUUAUCUCAGUCAGUUUGAUGUUGUUGUUCUAUGUUAUUUGGACAAUUCUUUCAGCUAUUAACCAACAGAGAAAUUUUGAAGAUAAAGCAUUAGGUAAAGGUGUUUUGGCAAUGAUUUUUUUGUACUAUUUUGCUUAUAACUUGGGUUUGAAUGGGUUGCCAUAUCUUUACAUGACUGAAAUCACAUCUUAUCAAAUCCGUGCAAAAGGUAUUAAUAUCAAUGUUUUCGGUCAAGAAUUGGGCCAAAUCUAUAACAACUUUGUCAAUCCGAUUGCUAUGGAUGCAAUUGAAUGGAAAUAUUAUAUCGUUUGGUGUUGUAUUUUGGCUGUUGAAUUGAUUGUUGUGAUCUUGACAUUUGUUGAAACUUCAGGACGCACCUUGGAAGAAGUUGCUGAGGUGUUUGAUGAAAAGAUUGAAAACUUUGAUAUGAAGCUGAUCAAAGAGAAAGCUCAAAUAUCUCAUGCUGAACACGUUGAUAAUUCAAAUGAUGGUUCUAGUGUGACAGAUAAAAGUACUGGGCUCAUGGUUUAG